UUCUUCAGCAGAACACCCACGGCUGCUGUAGAGAGAGGCCGAGGCUUGGCUACAUCCACAGAGCCCAACCCUGCACUAAACUCAGCCUCAGAAAACAUCUGAAAUGAUGCAAGGCCUUCUGGUCAUCUGCUUCCUUGCCACCUUCAUCGCUACAGGGGCAUCUUUGACGUGUGAGGUCUGUGAAGGUUUUGGAGACACCUGCAUGGGACCCUUACAGACGUGCCUCCCUGGUUUCGAUACCUGUGGCAUCAUCCAAGGGGAGACUACCGUGGGACCCCACAUGAAGACCAUCAUGAAGUCCUGCUUCCCAGUCAGCAGAUGUGAUGAAGGUCUCACUGUUUUAAAUUUAGGCAAAGCUGGAACAAUGGCGAGGAGACUCACGUGCUGCGUGGGGAACGGGUGUGCAAAGGUCCCUCCUCCCUUGCCACCCAUCAACACCUCUCUCAAUGGGAAAAAAUGCCCAACUUGUUAUUCUAUGCAAAGUUUCACAUGCAAGGAAGAGAUCAACCAUUGCGCUGGAGAUGAGCACUAUUGCUUUGAGCUGGCUGGGACGACAGACAUAGCGGGAAUGACCAUAACAAGCGUCAUCAAGGGCUGCUCUAACAUGGCUUCUUGCAACGAUACACUUCAGCGUUCAGGCUCCUUUGCUGGGAUGACUGUCGUCGUAACAGCCAAUUGCACGCUAGCCUCUGGGACAGCCAGCUCCAUCCCAGGAUUACUCAGUCUCUUCUUCCAAGCCUUUUCUGGAAUCCUGCUCUGGAAGAUCCUCAGUUGACUUG